AGCGGAAAAAUAUCGGAGAAAAUGUUGUAGAAAAUGCGAACAAUUUUCAGAAAAUUUUAAUUUGUGAGUAAAUAACAAAACAAGAAAAGCAAAAACAGAGCUGCAAAAUUUAAUCGAGCAGCGUGAACUCGAUCUAUUUGGUAUGAUUGGACGGUCAGUCGUCAGCGAAGCGGUAACGGCAACGAAAGUGUUUUGUUUUCGCGUGUUUUCAUGUGAAGAACUACUUAAGUGUAUAUUAAACGAUUCUGAAAUUGUUUAUGAAACGUUCGAAAAUUAUACUAUUGAGACCAAGCAACAAGUGUAUUGAGUAAGAGCGACACCGUACACCGACCACUACCGCCGCCACCACUUGCCUGAACUGCAACAAUUGAGACUUUUCCGGCACAACGCCAACGCUACCGCGCCCACGCACGCCACAAACAAAACAUAGCAAAAGCAAAAGCGCACACGCUCUGAAAACAAAAGCAAAUAAUUAAGCAGAAAAGCGCGAGCAAUCAAAUGGCGAGCAAUAAUAGCACAGCGGCGAAUGGCAAUGGAGCCACAUGUGUCGCAACGGACCUCAGCAACGAGCUGCUGCGCGUCAUCGUGACCACGCACGACACAGACAACAUUAUCAUAUCGCCGCUACAGCUGGAAGCGCUGCUCACGUUGCUCUAUCUCGGCAGCGAUGGCGGCACCGCAGAGGAGCUGCAGCGCGUGCUAAAGCUGAAGCGUUUCGCCAGCAAUGCCAAAAUGGCCAACCACUUCGCGACGGAACUGCAAUUGAGCACCGACACCGCGGCCGACACACACAUGCAGCUGUGCAGUGAGUUGCUGCUGCCGGUGGAGGUGGAAGUCGGUGAUGAAUUUCGUAAAAUAGCGCAGAAAUAUUUUCACACAGCGGCGUUGCAGCGAGAUUGCAGCAGCAUUGCGAAAUUGCGCGCACAACUCGGUGAGGAUUUGACGAAGGCGGCCGCUGGCUAUGCCUGGUCUAUCGGCGAUGCCUUAUUGUCCACGAUCACAGCGCCUGAGGCGGCGUCAACGGCCAUCGUGUUGGCAGCUGUGCAUUUCCAAAGCAAAUGGUUUCUGCCGUUUAGCGCCUAUCGGACGGGGCUGUACGACUUUCAGCAGUGCGCCAUGGAAGCGCCAGCAGCGCAAGACGUGCCACAGCAGGCGCCACCUACAGUUGUGCCUGUGCCGAUGCUCUUCGACGAUGAUAUGUUUGUGAAGUUCGCGGAAUUGCGUGAGUUGGACGCGCGUAUCAUUGAGUUGCCUUAUGAGCAUGAUGAUGAGCUCGCUAUGCUGGUGGUGUUGCCGAAUCAGCGCGAUGGCCUGGCGGCGUUGGAAAAGCAGUUAGAAACGCUGGAUCUCAACGUGUUGGCGGAGCGCAUGCAGAUGGAGAGCGUGCAGGUGCUUUUGCCGAAAUUUAAAAUCGAUUUUGAAUGCAGCCUGCGGCGUACUUUGGAACAGCUGGGCAUCACAACGAUUUUCUCGAAAGCUGCCAACUUUAAGAAUAUGCUGCGUGAUAAUAGCACAGAUCCACUAAUAAUUUCGGAUAUUCUACACAAAGUCUGCAUAGAGGUCAAUGAGUCGGGCACGGAAGGUGCAAGUAGUGUUGCCUACAAACCAAUUGUGAUUAGCAAUUCGAUUGAUUCCCGCAAGAAAUUCUUUCGUGCCGAUCAUCCCUUCUACUUCGCCAUACGAAGUCGAGCAGCCACCUAUUUUGUGGGUCAUGUCACAAAAUUUUGAGCGGUGUUCUUCUUUGCUAGUCCAAAGCUUAUAAUAUUUCUAAUUUAAGUCUAUAGUAAUACUCACGUGAAGUCUUCUAUGUAAAUAUCUGUAUAUGUAUGUUUUCGCUUUAUAUAGCGGUUUUGUUGUUUUAGAAUGCUCAUAAAAUAAUACUGUUACGUAAGCAAUGCCAGAGAUUAAAGCUAAGUGCGCUGAAUGAUUGAAUAACCAGCAAUUCUCACUCCGUUUAUAAAUAAACUAUGUUAAAUAAAA